CCGAGACUCAGAAGAAGAAGAAGAAAUUUGGAGCUUGUGAGGGGCAUAACACCACAGGGAGAGGUAAAAUACACCAACUUAAAAACAGUCCUUUAAAGUUAAAAAACAUAUAGGUAACUGUAACAGUUAACCGCACAGCAAGCCUCCAGCGUAUCUUCGACCUGCUCGGUUUCACGCUGGAAGCUGGUCAGCGGAGGUUAGCCGACCCGUGAGCCGGCUUGCAGCCGUAGCAUGUCGGUACACUUCGAGGAGAGGAGCGGUGUCGUCCCCUGCAAGACGCCAUGGGGCUCCUGGUACCAGACCAUGGAGGAGGUCUUCAUUGAAGUCAACGUGCCUCACGGGACCACUGCUAAAGAGGUCAAGUGUCACCUGGGGUCCAGAGACAUCGAGCUGUUGGUCAAGGGAAAGGAAAUAUUCAAGGGAAAGUUAUUUGGAACAACUGUAUCAGAUGAGGCCACAUGGACACUAGAGGAUAAAUGUCUUAUCCGGAUCAUUCUGAUGAAGACCAACAGAGAAGCAGGAAACUGCUGGUCCUCGCUGCUGGAGGGGGAGUAUUGUGCGAAUGCUUGGGUCCAAGACCAGAUGCAGAGAAAACUCACUCUGGAGAGGUUUCAGCGAGAGAAUCCUGGAUUUGACUUCAGCGGUGCAGAGAUCUCUGGGAAUUUUGCCGGUGGCGGUCCAGACUUUUCCAGCUUACAGAAGUGACCCUUAACAUGAUGCUAGUACAUGCUUGAGGCGUUACCUCUGCCCAUCAUGCACAAUGUGCAGAACAACAGUGGAUUCAUUCGGUCUACUGUGACAAGAAUUUGCCUUGAGACGAACUAAAAAGCCUGGCUGUCACAUCAUUGGUCUCGUCCUCAAAGGACUGAUUUUGUGCAAACCAGAUGUGGGGAGUGGGAAGACUCUACAAAGGAAGUUGAUAACUCUCGUUAUGAGAAUUUUCUGACAUGUUUUAAUAAAAACAAAGUGCACUCAGCAAUAGCUUUUCAAUAAAGUUUUAUUGAAAGGUACAAAUACAUAGGUUAAUCAGAUGGCGUAUUCAGUCAUUUUGAAUUUGAGACCACAUUUUGUUUUGUCACUAAAAUCAAACUAAACAGGGAAACUGGCACAGAAAAUGCGAUAUAAAUUUCAACCUGAAUUUCCACUGCAAUGACCUUUUUUGGGGUUUUCUGGGUGCUCUCUAAAAAACUAACAACUUAACUCAGUAUAUUUGUGGUGCUUCACACGGUGUCCACAAAUUAAGAGUUGGUGAAAACAACUCAUCUGUAACCGUUGGUAACGUUGCAUCUCAAACACUGAUGAGCUGUAGAUAACAGGAUCAUCACUAGCUUAAUUUCCCUGGUACAAACCAGAGCUCCCUCGCCACAUCAAAAUAAAAUGUUUUCUUUAACAAAAAAAAAAA